GAUGAGCCCUUGAACAAGGCACUUAACCCUAAUUGCUCCUGUAAGUCGUUCUGGAUAAGAGCAUCUGCUAAAUGACUCAAAUGUAAAUGUAAUAGUAGAUAUUUUAUUUGACCUCUUGAGAUAGGGAAACAUGUUUUUAUUAAGUUGAACAUUUGCUCUUUAUGACAGAUUGUUACAAUUGGGAGAAAUAACACGUUCUUCUCUCACGAAGUUACACUCCUCAAAAGGCACCUAAUUGGUGGAACGACCCACCCCUCUCAGAGAAGUUUGUCAUUCUCUCCUAGCAACAGCUUGGGUCGUUAUAUAUGCUACAAACGUGUCAUACAGGCCUAUUGUUUCCAACAACCUUUUUGGGCGAGACGCAUUAAACUUAAUCUAGAUAACAUGAAUGCCCGCUGCAAAACACGGUCAAAGUAAAAUAGCUAUCAGGAUACGCUUCCUUGAAAUAUAAAGUAAUAAACUCGUGCAAAAGGUGGUUCCCAUUCAGCAUGUGUUCCUUUGGCGCGUUGGACAAGCUCGGACCCCACGGCAGACACUAUUCACAUGGAGGAGAGAUACAUUACAGACCGCACAUUCAGCACAUAGAGCCCAACCUAACAGAGUGUGACCUUGACUGGAGCUCUGGUCUGCGGUGGCUGCCUGCACCUCGCUACAGUGAUGCUCCACUCCCUCACAUCAAAUUGAUCAAGUUCCCUGAAGAGACCAGACUGCUCAGGUCCUUCCCACAGGCCAACAUGGUGUCCCAGUCUGAGUGGACGUUUUAUCCCAACUUUGGUCAGCCCAGAACCUUCCAUGUUGGCAAACGCUGUUUGCUGGAGGGAGGUCACCAUUAUAGGACCAUACGGUGUUCUUCAGAGAGAACUCUGGAGGUCACCAUCGGGAGGAAAAAACAAGCCAGGUUUACCUGCCAUUCUGCACCUGGUUCUAGACCCUAUCUAACACCUGAGUACAGUCCUGACUUUCACAAGUUUGGAUCAACAUUACCAACAACACAUUUUGGGUCACUGACCUUCAGUGCAGAUACAUUCGUUCCUCUUCAGCCACCUCCAAAAAAGACAUGUAUUCCAUAUGUAGCGAGGAAGAGGAUGGAGGACAGGGAGGCAGACAUACUGGAAGUGAAGAAGCUGAGUAAAUGGAGGCCUGCACCGGUCAUAUUCAAAACUGUGCUGGACAACUGACAUGUCAAAAUGUUUUUUGGAUGAAUGAGGAGAAAUGGAUAACAAUUCCAAACUGUAUAUCAUGAUCAUUCAGCAUGAUUACAGCCACGUGGUUUUGAUUCUACUGUAGUUUGAUAAGGACGUUUGGUGGGAGGGGGGGAUCAAUGAUGUAAUAAAGUGUGACUAAUUGUCAUGACAUCAUUUGGAGCUUUUGCCAUCACUAUUCACUUUUGAACAAUUGGGUUAUGCAAUUUGCUGAGGGGAGAUAAGCAACAAUAAGCCAAGCAGGGAAAAACAGUUCCCAGGUGGCCUGACUUUGCUGAGUUCCAAAAGCAGUUAGGUCAGCAACAGUUGAUAACCUGACCUCUGUUUUGCCUUAUAGUCUGGCAGAGGUGCAUCGCAUAGAUUUCCUUAAUUCCCAGGGGAAGAUAAGUGGUGGGCUCAAUCCCUCAUUCAGCAAAACAACACUGCUGAUCCCAUUCAGGAUAGACAGGGACAACUAGGGCUGCUACUAUUAGCUGCUUAGUCACUUCAGCAUGCCUCAAGGUUAGGGAGGGGGUGUGUACAGGUUUUUAAUAUUAGUCCCAUGUAUCUCUGCAUUCAUGACAUGUCAGAUCAAGGAAACUCUGAAUUUUUACGACAUUGUAGAAAGAUGAUAGGAGGUAGGCCGUUCAGAGUUUUCCAAUUGGAAAGUAUCAGAAUCAAAAAAUAGAAAGCUACACGCAAAUAACUUAUUUUGGAGGUUCCGACAUGUGAUGAAUGCAGCAUCUGUGUUAAGGUACGUUUUCAUUUGCGGAGGCUUUCCAGACCGACAAGCAAAGGGUAGAGCAGGAAUCGUAUAGGUCAGUGGGUUAGCCUGGGCAUGUUCUGUACAAAAAACGUUUUUGAAUGUUUCCUUUAAGUGUACUUUUUGGAGAUUACUAAUGUUACUGUCCCGUUACAAAAAAACAAAAUUGAAUUGAAAUACUGUAGAAUUCCAUUCAUUCCUAUGGAGGACUGCUCCUACUGGGGAGUGCCAAUACGGCCAACUUGUGCCUUCAAAGCCUCUCAAUGGCCAAUAAAUAACAUCAGCAAUCCAGAGUUUAUAUACAUCGUUGUUACCCACUUCUCUCUACGUAUGGGACACUAGCCACAAUAGUGGAAUUUGUGUUUCAUCUGCAAAAUCUAAGUCCCUCAUUGAAAGUGAUGCAAACGGAUACAAAUAGUGGAUUCAUGCCAUAUUUGGACUAGAUAAUACUAAACAAGGUUGGAAUGUUAUUACAUAUUUGUUGACACGAUGGGUUCACAAUCCAUAGGUAAGGCUGUACAGUGCAUAUAAGUAUGCCCCAAUGCAAUUAUGCAGUCUAAUACAUCCACAAUGGGAUUUCAACAGUUUGUUUCUCUGUUGUCAAACUAAUUAAUUGUUGUAUUUAAUUUAAAAUUAGGCAACAACAUUCCAACCUUUAGCAUUAUCUAGUCCAAACAUGUCAUGAUUCCACUAUUGGUAACCAUUGCAUCCUUUUCAGCGAGGGACUUUAAUUUUGAAAGCAAACUGCAAAUUCCACACAUUAUAGCCCUGCACGGGCAUUAAUUUUAAGUCCGAGCCCUAGUCAUGCCGUUCAGGCCCUAGCCUACCCCAGGCCCGAUUUACUUCUGCCAAAUGUAAGGGCCGAGCUUGGGCUCCAUUAGUUGCUGCUCUCUGUCUGUCACUCACUCCCUGCACGCGUUUACAUUUUUACAUUUGAGUAAUUUAUCAGACCAUCUUAUCCAGAGCGAGUUCAUACAUUUUCAUACUGGUCCCCUGUGGGAAUCAAAGCCACAACCCUGGCAUUGCAAGUGCCAUGCUCUACCAAGGGAGCCACACAGGACUAGCAAAACCAUUGCCUCAUAGCGGCUCUGAUCAAUUUAGUGAUACCCGAGCCCUGCCUGUACCCUAGUUAUCGAUGAAAAAACAGGCCCUACGUGGCCGUAACCCGAUGUACAGUGUAAUGUUGGGGCCGUGAGGCUCGGUUCAGGUAGCAGAGCUCUAAAUCAAAUCAUAUACAGUGCCUUGCGAAAGUAUUCGGCCCCCUUGAACUUUGCGACCUUUUGCC